AUGGAUAAUGAAAAGGUGAAACCAUCAGCGUUUUUGAUCCAAGGAUUGUCGACUUUGAUAAUUGCCUAUCUAACUAGUCUUACGGGAUUUGUUUAUGCAUGGCCUUCGUACACAAUGGAAAACUUUCAAUCAAAUUCAACUGUUUUAAACACUCCUAUGUCUUUGGCUGAAAUAUCUCUUUUAGGCAGUUUAACAAAUGUAGGAGCUUUAGUAGUAACGCCCUUUUGUGGGUACGCAGUAGAUAAGUUUGGCAGGAAAUAUUCAGCCAUGCUAUUUGGAUUACCGAUCGUGAUUUCCUGGGGAAUAAUCUCUGUGACCAAAUCUGUGUACCUAGUCUUGUUUUCUGUGACUUUGGCUGGCGUCGGAGCUGCUGGGCAGGGAGUAUCUUCAAUUUACAUAUCAGAGAUAUCUCAAGAUUCUAUCAGAGGAGCAUUAACUUCGACCACUGUAUCGGGAUUCUUUACAGGAUUAUUAUUCUCGUAUGCUCUUGGGGGAUACUUGUCAUAUAAACAAGUUGUUUACGUCCACUUGUCAUUAUCAAUACUUUAUAUCUUAUUGUUGAUGUUGCUGAAAGAGUCACCAGUGUUUUUGUUAAUGAGUGGAAAAGAGAAGGAAGCAGCUGAGUCGAUCGCUUUUUAUCGUAGAGUAGACGUCACUUCUAAAGAAGUUGACAUUGAAAUAAAGAAGAUCUAUUUGCAAUUGGAUCCACGAAUUGUUAAUAAAUUACAAAGUGGAAACGAUAUACAAGCUGCAAAGGAACUGAUCGAAACAAAUCACGAUAGGUCUGCUAUUCAAGAAACUAAAACUGAAACACCAUGGCAGUUUCUAAAGCGUUCAGAAUCAUCGAAACGAGCUUUGUUAGCUGUGUUAAUAGUCAUGGCGGUGGUGAUUCUAAUGGGGUCUAUAGUGUUACAAGUAUAUGCAGAAGCUCUGUUCAAGGAAGCGCUGCCUAACAUGCAUCCUAAUACUUGCUCAAUCUGGCUGGCUGUGGUCUACUUAUUGGCGAGUUUAGUUUGUGCUGCAAUGUUGGAUAGGUUUGGGAGGAAGAGCUUAAUGACAGUAACUUCAAUUUUGUCUGGAAUAUUCAACAUGUUGCUCGCCUCCCAGCUUCAGAUGCGAUGGGCACCUCACUGGUUCACCGCAUUCGUUAUAUACGGAUACAGCUUCGUAUAUAAUCUAGGAGCAGCCGUAGUUCCUUAUGUUCUUACGGCUGAAGUGUUCUUGCCAGAGGUCAGAGGUCUUUGCAACAGUUUCUCAAUGGCUUGCAUGUGGAUAACGAAUUUCGUUACUCUCAUAAUAUUCAACCCUUUAGUGGAGGCGUUGGGACUUGGACCAACAUUCUACAUAUUUGCUGGAGUAUGUUUCUUAGGAGCUGUCUACAGUCACACUUGUCUUCCAGAGACAAAAGGCCUGUCCGCUGACAAGAUACAACCAUUGUUUAUGAAAAAACUAAAACGGACUCCAUCGAAAUAUAGUAGCAAAGCGAAGUUUGUGGACCUUUGGUGUGGAACUGUAGACUGUAGGAAAAUGGAUAGUGAAAAGGUGAAACCAUCGGCGUUUUUAAUCCAAGGAUUGUCGACUUUAAUAAUUGCGUACUUAACUAGUCUUACGGGAUUUGUUUAUGCAUGGCCUUCGUACACAAUGGAAAAUUUUCAGUCAAACUCAACGGUUCUAAGCACUCCCAUGUCCUUGGCUGAAAUAUCUCUUUUAGGCAGCUUGACAAAUAUAGGAGCUUUAAUCAUAACACCAUUUUGUGGGUACGCAGUAGAUAAGUUUGGUAGGAAAUAUUCAGCCAUGCUAUUUGGAUUACCGUUCGUGAUUUCCUGGGGAAUAAUCUCAGUAACCAAAUCUGUGUAUCUAGUAUUAUUUUCUAUCAGUUUGGCUGGCGUCGGAGCUGCUGGCCAGGGAAUAUCUUCAAUUUACAUAUCAGAGAUAUCUCAAGAUUCUAUCAGAGGAGCUUUAACUUCGACCACUGUAUCGGGAUUCUUCACAGGAUUAUUAUUCUCGUAUGCUCUUGGGGGAUACUUGUCUUAUAACCAAGUAGUUUACGUCCACUUGUCUUUAUCAAUUCUUUAUAUCUUAUUGUUGAUGCUGUUAAAAGAGUCGCCAGUGUUUUUGUUAAUGAGUGGCAAAGAGAAGGAAGCUGCUGAGUCGAUCGCUUUUUAUCGUAGAGUAGAUGUCACUUCUAAAGAAGUUGAAAUUGAAAUAAAGAAGAUCUAUUUGCAAUUGGACCCACGAAUUGAUAACAUAUUACAAAGUGGAAACGAUAUACAAGCUACAAAAGAACUGAUCGAAAAAAAUCUCGAUAAGUCAGCUGUUCAAGAAACUAAAACUGAAACACCAUGGCAGUUUUUAAAGCGUUCAGAAUCAUCGAAACGAGCUUUGUUAGCUGUUUUAAUAGUGAUGGCGGUGGUGAUUCUAAUGGGGUCUAUAGUGUUACAAGUAUAUGCAGAAGCUCUGUUCAAAGAAGCGCUGCCUAACAUGCAUCCUAAUACUUGCUCAAUCUGGCUGGCUGUGGUCUACUUAUUGGCGAGUUUAGUUUGUGCUGCAAUGUUGGAUAGGUUUGGGAGGAAGAGUCUAAUGACAGUAACUUCCAUUUUGUCUGGAAUAUUCAACACGUUGCUAGCUUCUCAGCUUCACAUGCGCUGGGCACCUCACUGGUUCACCGCAUUCGUUAUAUACGGGUACAGCUUCGUAUACAAUCUAGGAGCAGCCGUUGUGCCGUUUGUUCUUACGGCUGAGGUGUUCUUGCCAGAGGUCAGAGGUCUUUGCAACAGUUUCUCAAUGGCUUGCAUGUGGAUAACGAAUUUCGUUACUCUCAUAAUAUUUAACCCUUUAGUGGAGGCGUUGGGACUUGGACCAACAUUCUACAUAUUUGCUGGAGUAUGUUUCUUAGGAGCUGUCUACAGUCACACUUGUCUUCCAGAGACAAAAGGCCUAUCCGCUGACAAAAUACAACCUUUGUUCAUGAAAAAACAAAAACGGACACCGUCGAAAGCUUAAAAUCAUUAAUAACUACUUUUGAGUAUAAAUUUCUUAAUAAAAUCUGCUAAAAAAUGUCUGAGCAUAUGUGGGCUAUGCUAUAUUUAUAUUCUGUAAAAAUAUUUUUAAGUAAUUAACAAAUGCUUAAGAACUACGUAAAUGUUUACCAAUCGGGGUUAUUAUAGUUCAGUAAUUUAAUAUUAUGAUUGUAUACUAGUCAAAGACACACACACUCACAUUUUUUAUAUUGUUAAGUGCUUAAACUUGUUUAAAAAUUCAUUUACACUUUUGUUAUCUUAGUGACUCCGAGGGAGAGGGUUGGUUAUCCUUAACACAGAUCCGUAGAAUCUAGGAUAGCCAGUUCUUGAACUCAUGAAAAAUUGUAAACCUUGUGUGAUAAAUAAAAGAUUAUUAUUAUUAAAGAGUCAAAUCUGAUUUUAAGUGUAUCAUUAUCUCUUGAAUUUGAUUUUUUAUUACUUUAAAGUAAUGCUUAAUAUAC